AUGUUUUCCUCCCGCCGCUUCGAUCCCCCUCCCACAUCGAGCAGCAACAGAAGCUUCUCGAAGCACCACAAGGCCAAUAAAUCGAGCUCGUCUUUCAGCAAGACCAGCGGUGUAUCGAAACACCGGACAGAGCAACGACAAAGCCGCCGGCCGACCACCGCAUCGACAGCCGAGGAUGGCUCACCCAACAGCAACAACCUUACGUCUGCCAUCGUGACCCUCGUCGUCGGGCUUGAACAACGUCUUUUCGCCGCUCACGAAGAUGUUCUUUGCUCAUCCCCCUUUUUCCAGAAUGCCCUCCGUGGCAACUUCAUGGACAGCACCACCCGACGUAUUGCGCUCCCCGAUGAAGAGCCCGAGAUCUUCUCGUCUGUAUUGGAGUUCCUAUACAAAGGGGACUACUUCCCUCGUCUUUUGCACAACAAGCGUCGCAACAGCUGGGAGCUCGAGGCAGCAACCGACGAGGCAAGGGGCUCGGUCGAAUCGACCGUGUACCACCAUGCCAUCGACGGUGAUCUGUUGAAGGACACGGUCAUCUACUGCACAGCAGAGAAGUACGGCCUGGACGAGCUGAAGAGGAUCGCUCUUCGAAAGCAAGGUCUGCAGUCAGGCAUUCAAUGCAGCACCAUCCUCGCUUCUGCCCGCUACGCCUAUGCCCACACUCCCGACUCGGACUCCCAGCUGCGCGCCCAUUACCUCGCCCUCAUCAUUCGUAGUCGAAGCACAUUUAAGAGGAGCGGCACCAUGCAGUUGGAGAUGUUCAACGGCAAUACCCAACUGUUCUUUGAUCUUUUUGUUGCUCUUUGCAACCAUGUUGACGACAUCACGGCCGCGUAA